GAUGUUUAUUCUUCUACAGUGAGAGCAGCAGGGUGAAUAAAAUGCAGAAUGGGAAACUGGUUUAGCCGGCCUGAGGCUCCAGAAACAUCACAGCAUGCUGAAACUCAGAGGGGAGCAGGAAGACCAGCAGUCAACGCCCAGGAAGGAAGUGUCAUCAACACACCUCAGUUUAGCGGUGUUAACGUUGGAGGGAAUCUAACGUUCCAAGUAAUAACAAGUGCCUCGUCUCCUGACAGGACAGACGAGACAAAAGCUACUUCUCCCAAAAACAAAGAAAACAUUCAAAGGUGCUGAGAUAACUUAAAAUCGUUCCUUGAAAAUACAACAAAGGAUCUAACGCGAGGAACAAAGGAAGAUAGAUCAUCGACUCCUUUAGACAAGAUCUACACGGAGCUUUACAUCAGAAAAGGAGGCAGUGGGGAGGUUAAUAGUGAACAUGAAGUGGUUAAUUUGGAAUGCAAAAGGAGUUUGAGCGAGGAGGAGAAAAUCCAGGUCAAUGACAUUCUUCAACCUUUAUCAAACGAAGAAAACCCUCCUCAGAGAGUUCUGACGAAGGGAAUCGCUGGCAUUGGAAAAUCUGUCGCUGUGCAGAAGUUCACUCACGACUGGGCAACAGGAGAAGCCAACCAAACUACUGAUUUCAUAUUUCCACUCACAUUCAGAGACUUGAAUUUAAUAAAAGACCAGCGGUGGAGUCUUGUGACAUUGAUAGGUUACUAUUUUGACGAAGUAAAGGAUUUGAAAGAGUCAGACUACAGUGAAUCAAGUGUUUUGUUCAUCUUCGACGGCCUGGACGAAAGCCAAUUACCUCUGGACUUCAACAACAAUGAGAUGUGCCGCGAUGUUACAAAGACCACAACAUUAGACGUCCUGCUGACCAACUUAAUCUCAGGGAAACUGCUGCACAAAGCCUCAGUCUGGAUCACAAGUAGACCAGCUGCAGCCGCUAAGAUUCCUCCCGAGUUCUUCCAUAGGGUGACCGAGGUACGAGGCUUUAAUGAUGAGCAGAAGGAGGAGUACUUUCAGAAGAAAGUUAGUGACAAGGAAAUGGCUCAGAAGAUCUACGAUCAUCUUCAGUCAAAGACGCAAAGAAGUCUGUACAUCAUGUGCCACAUCCCAGUCUUCUGUUGGAUUUCAGCCACGGCUCUCCAGAGUCUCCUAACAGAAACAGAAGAAGCUGAGUUGCCGAAGACUGUGACUGAAAUGUACACACACUUCCUGAUCAUCCAGACAAAGCUGAAGGAAUAUCAGGAAGGUGUAACAGACAAAGAUGUGAUCAUGAAAUUGGGAAAGCUGGCAUUUGAACAGCUUCAGAAGGGCAACAUACUCUUCUAUGAAAACGAGUUUAAAAGUUGUGGAAUUGAUCUGAAACAAGCUGCAGUUAAUUCAGGAGUUUGUACACAGAUCAUAAGAAAAGAAUCUGGUCUUCACAAACAAGAGAUUUACUCCUUCAUUCAUUUAAGUGUUCAGGAGUUUCUGGCUGCUCUUUACGUAUUAGAGACUUUCUUAGAUAGUGGAGAAAAUCUGCUUUCCAGCCAGACAAGUGUGAAAGAGCCAUCAGAGAAAGAACGUCCCAUCAUUCUCCUCCACCAGAAAGCAGUGGAUAUGGCUUUGGACAGCGAUAAUGGACAAUGGGACUUGUUCCUGCGCUUCCUGCUCGGUCUGUCGCAGGAUAAAAAUCAGGAGCUUCUUCAGAAACGAGUUGGAUUCAAAGGAAGACAUCCACAGAGCAACCAGGAGACAAUCAAGUUCAUUCACGAGAAGAUCAAGAUACUGUCCAACAGCGAGAAGAGCAUCAACCUGUUCCACUGUUUAAAUGAGUUGGGUGACCAGACUCUGGUAGAGCAAGUCCAAAAGUACCAGAGCUCAGGAAAUUUUGGUAAACUCUUACCUGAACAUUGGUCAGCUCUGGCCUUUCAGCUGCUCGUUUCCAAUGAAAACCUGGAUGUCUUUGACCUGAAGAAAUACAAAGGAUCAGAGGAAGUUCUGGAGAGGCUGCUGCCAGUGCUCAAAGCAUCAAAGAAAGCUUCAUGUUGUGAGAACAUUUCAUCAGUUCUCAGCUCAAAGUCUUCUGGUCUGGAGGAGUUAGACCUGAGUGGAAACGAUCUGCUGGACUCUGGAGUGGAGCUGCUCUCUGACGGUCUAAAAAGUCCAAACUGCAAACUCCAGAGACUCCGCCUGAGAUACUGCAGGUUAACAGCAGCCAGCUGCCAGUCUUUGACCUCUGCCCUCAGCGACUCCUCUGAUCUCAGAGAACUCAACCUGAGCUCCAACUACCUGAAGGACGAGGGGGUGGAGCUGCUCUCUGAUUGGCUGAGGAAACCCCAGUGUACCCCCCUCCUGAAGUCUCCCUUCAAUCAGCCUGAGAUGCUGCAUAUUAACAGCAGCCAGCUGCCGGUUUUUGGCCUUUGCCCUCAGCGACUCCUCUGAUCUCAGAGAACUCAACCUGAGCUACAACAACCUGAAGGACGUGGGGGUGGAGCUGCUCUCUGAUUGGCUGAGAAAAUCCCAGUGUAGA